CUUGGAACCUCUACUUCUUAACGAUCUAAGUUUCCACGUCCUCCCAGUCUAUUCCUACCUUUACAAGAAACUAGCUGCACGAGAGAAACGGCAAGAAACAAUGGUAUUCUUCUUCCUCUCCCUCCGCGAAUCCGGGAGCCGCAUCGAACCCGACAUCCUCCCCACCUCAACCUCUACCUCUGCUAGUCUCCUCCCGAAAGCCCCCCCGCGCUGGCAAGAUUCCGAGUUCCAGGACUACAUCACGAAUUGGGAUACAUCGGAUAAACCAGCGUUGUUUAGACGUGUUGCUUGCAUGCUGGCGCUAGUGCUGCAUUUGCCGAUCAAUGGUAUCAGUAUCUUGAGUUAUGGGAUCAGCUUUUGGUUGUUUAUGGGGAUUGUGAUUAGUGUGUUGAAUUUGGGGGGUGUGGGGUGGGCGUUGUGGAAGUUGGAUACUAUGAGAGGGGAGAGGGUGUUUUAUGGCAAAGUGUUUCAGAGGAAACAUUUUGACUAUGUGAUUCUUGGGUUGGUGAUCGUUUAUGGGUUCUUCUUUGGGAUGUUCCUUUUCGUGAGGAUGAGGGCUAGUGAUUGGGCAUGGUUCUUCAGAAUUGGCUGGCCUUGUACGAUCGCAGCGGACAUUGUGUGCUUUAUUUCUGGUUGGGUAGCAACUUGGAGGGAUGUCAGCUUGGGAUAA